AUGGAAGAAGAAGAAGACGUUGGUAUACACGACGAAGGCAGAGACAGAUUACUUGACAUACUGUGUGAUGUAUGUGGCGACCGUAGUUCUGGAAAACACUACGGCAUCUACAGCUGCGACGGUUGCUCGGGUUUUUUCAAACGAAGUAUACACAGCAAUCGGGAGUACAUCUGUAAAGCCCAGGGUGCUAAGAAAGGACGUUGUCCAAUCGACAAGACUCACAGGAAUCAAUGCCGUGCUUGUCGCCUCGCUAAGUGCUUCGAAGCUAACAUGAACAAAGACGCAGUGCAACAUGAGCGCGGACCGAGGAAACCAAAACCCCACGCGAUUAUUUCGUCGGAGAAACAGCAUCAGCAACAGUCGCCGAUUGUCACGCAAAUGUCUCCUCAUUCUGCGACUCCAGUGCACAGUGAUCGAUUAAGACCAGCACUAGCUCCUCCGUAUGUUCUCUCACCACACAGAAGGUUAAGGUGCGACCAAAGAUUCACGCCUUAUCCACGACCGAUGGCGCUGGUACAGAAACCGCCGGAGGAAUCACCGUCCCCUGUACCGUUGAUUCUACCGCACCCUCGCACAACUACGACCCUCUAUCAAGCGGCCACAACUGUCUCCUUAGCGCCGCAGCCUCCCCUUCUGCAGAUACUAAUGUCCGCCGAGGAAUGUCAGGAACUGGUUUGGAACGCGCGAUUACAACCCACAGCAGAGUAUCCGAUGGAGCAAAUAGAAACGGAGACGAGUCGGAGUCCAACAGGCACCGUACAGAGCUUUAGUCCGACUUGGGAAAUGCUGCAGGAGACGACGGCCCGACUGCUAUUCAUGGCUGUCAGAUGGGUGCGUUGCUUGCCGCCCUUCCAAACGAUAUCGAAGGACGAUCAAUUGUUGCUACUAGAACGAUCCUGGACGCAGCUGUUUUUACUGCAUUUGGCGCAAUGGUCCGUUUCCUGGGAUAUCACCGCGCUCCUUGAGGAUGAGCAAGUGCGUAGCAGACUUCCUACGGACGACAACCCAACGAAUCAGGAGCUCGUCCUUAUCCAGGCUAUAAUAUGCCGAUUCAGGCAACUGUCUCCCGAUUUUGGUGAAUGCGGUUGUAUGAAGGCAGUGGCUUUAUUUACGCCAGAGACGGUAGGCCUGCACGCGGUCCAGCCCAUUGAGAUACUGCAGGAUCAGGCACAACGUAUUUUAGUGGAUUAUACAAGAUCACGGUAUCCACAACAACCUAGCAGAAUCGGCAGAUUAAUGAUUUUAGUUGGAUAUCUGAGAUGCGUCUCUUCCAAGACCGUUGAACGUCUGUUCUUUCACGAAACCAUCGGGGAAAUACCAAUCUCGCGCUUACUAGUCGACAUGUAUCAAAUGGAAAAGUAUAUUAACUGA